AUGCCGAGGACCGCCGUGUGCUGCUUCAGCAGUGCAAGGGCAACAUGCGUGGUCGUGACAUCGAUGGUUUCUUCAACGAGGAUGGCUACAACACCACCUGCGAAGGGCAAGCGAGCCUUGGAAGAGAGCGGUGAGAAGGUCGAGACGCCAGCAGAAAAGAAAGCCCGCAUGAAGUUCGAGAAGCUUGCAUCGUCAGGCCCAGCAUUCACGGCGUUCAAGACGACUGCCUGCAACAAGGUCUUGGACAAGCUUGGUCUUUGCAGCAAAGCAGCCGAGAAUGCCAAGAAGAAGCUUGAGGAAGCUCGCAAGAGUGUCCGGGAGUACCUUGCUCCAAACUCUUCUGAGCAGGAUGCUGUUGCGCUCGAGGCCUGUGAGGCAGCCUUGAGAUGUUGGGAGGUUGACAUGCCCUCCCCGAGUGAUGCUGAUCGGGAGAAGGCCCUUGAUGAUCUGAAGAAAGCGCUUGAAAGUGUGGGCCCUGAUGUCAAGCUCGUGAAGAGUGAUGCUAGCUUGAUGCCUUCUGUCUACUUCACAUGCAGGGCUCAUGGUUUGAAGAACCUGACAGAUGCGAAGGAGGUCAGUGACAUGCAGACCACCCUGAUCAAAACCGAGCUUGCGACCGUGGACCUGUUCAUGAAAGCAUUGCUCAAGAUCAGCAGUGACGUGCAGAGCUAUCUCAAGCAAAAGAAAACGUCGCAGGAACGAGCGGAUGCCAGGAAGAAGAGGCAGCAAGAGGCAGACGAAGCGGUGAAGAUGAGGGAGGCUGCCAAAAAUGCAGCUGCUAAGGCCAGGAUGUUCAGCAAGCUGAGUCACCCAAUCUUUGGCAUCAAGGAUAGCUGCUGGAAGCCGUUUGUUGUGCACUCCGGUCAGGGCUUCGACCCGGCUGCGCAUGCGGAUGAGCCAUGGGUGAUGCGUGCCAGUGAAGCCGGCUCAGCACAACACCUACUAAGCAUGGACCCCAACGUUCCCGGAAUGCGUGGUAUGAUGCUGCCACUGCUCAUUGGGCUGCCCUCAAGGAGCUCGCAAGAUCCAAGCAUCCAACUAAGCAGCAACUCAACAGCUUCUGGUUCAAGCUGUACUGCCAUGGCACUCCCAAGGAGCCCGAGCCCUCGGCCCUCGCUGCCGCGCUUACCACCCUGCCCUUUCAGUAUCGGGACGAAGGUGUUGUGCAAUAUCGGCAAAUACAGGACGCCAUCCGGACGAUGUGGCAGGCAGCCCAAGCCUCAAUGA